GCAAAGUCCCCCGUUCCUUCUGCCUGAAUCUCUUCCUCUGAAGCGGUCACCAGCGUGUGGAGCCUGCCCCACACCCGUCACCUGCCAAACCACGGCCUUUACCUGUGUCUUCCGGUGUUUCCCGUGCGACCCGUCCUGCGGGAGUGCCUCCUGGGCCACCCCAGAGUUCACGCAGCGCUCAGUGGCUCCAAUGGUGAAGAUGACAAGGUCCAAGACUUUCCAGGCGUAUCUGCCUUCGUGCCACAGGACCUACAGCUGCAUUCACUGCAGGGCUCAUCUUGCCAACCACGAUGAGCUCAUUUCCAAGUCCUUUCAAGGAAGCCAAGGACGAGCGUACCUCUUCAAUUCAGUAGUUAAUGUGGGUUGUGGCCCUGCAGAGGAGCGGGUGUUAUUAACGGGAUUACAUGCGGUUGCAGAUAUUUACUGUGAAAACUGCAAAACCACACUGGGUUGGAAAUAUGAACACGCUUUUGAAAGCAGCCAGAAGUAUAAAGAAGGCAAAUACAUCAUUGAACUAGCUCACAUGAUCAAGGAUAAUGGCUGGGGUUGAACGGAAAGAGCCCAGCCCCACCAAGCGUGUAAGAGAAUGCCAUCCAACCGAACAUUAUAUCCAAGAGUGAGAGAGUGACUGAACGCUUGGUUCCAUGCAUUUAGAGGCUCUGCAGUUUGGGAGCGUCUUCACACCCUUCUCCAUCUUUAUUGGUGACUGGCCUCUAAAUUUCUGUCUCUCUGUCUCUUUGCUUUGUAUCUGUUUGUGAGUUGACCCUGGCUGCUUCUCUCUCUGUUCUGGCGUUGGCUAAGAGAAUGCACCGACCGCCCGACAGCCAUUCCAUGUUGACGAAUGUUUAAGUACAAACUGAAGUUGGCUCUGUGGUGGCGUUUCCUCAGAAGGUCUCGGUGCAGGAGGAAGACCUGAGUUUUGGGCAGGAGAAGGUGAUAGGGGGUGGGGAGUGGGCCCGAAGGGAAGUCAUCAGAAGUUGAAGCUGUACUUCUCCUUUAAGUCCUGGUUAACCAAGGCUUGAAACUAUCCACUUCUCUAAGUGGACAGAAAAAUACCUCACGGCUGCGUUCUCUCCGAAUGGUAAAACUGCUGCUCCGUCAGUGGAGCUUCAGUCUAAGCUGGCUGAGCACAAGUCAUAACCAGUUCCCCCCGCAAGCUAACCCCAGUUCUGAGUUUUGUUUUGCCAUUUAUGAACUCGUCGUUUGGGGGGCGGAGGACCUGGUGGCUGGAGAGAUUCCCUGCCUCUCCUUUUUCUCGCUGUUUCGGGGUAGGUAGGCUGAACAUCCCAACAGAGCACAGCUGUGGGGAGCGUCCUCACAGCUGGAGAAACCAAAUCCUGACUCUUGAGCCCUUCAGAGAGGAGGAGGAAACCGCCUAAGGCACAAGGGGGUUGGAGCUG